AUGGAACACCAAUUUCUCUCCUUUCCAAUCUUUUUCAUCUUCUUCAUUUUCAUCCUCUUGGUAUUGAGAAUAAGGAAGAAAGCAAAAAUCAACAACUCAUCUCCAAAUCUACCACCAGGGCCGUGGAAAUUGCCCCUUAUAGGGAGUAUGCACCAUUUAGUUGGCUCCCUACCCCAUCACCGCCUGAGAGACUUGGCUAAAAAGUAUGGACCUCUUAUGCACCUUCAACUUGGUGAAGUUACCAACAUAGUUAUUUCUUCACCUGAAACUGCUAAAGAAGUGAUGAAAACCCAUGAUGUCAUAUUUGCUCAAAGGCCCUUUCUCCUCGCUGCAAGUAUUGUGGGUUAUGAUUUUUCAGACAUUGCAUUCGCUCCCUAUGGAAACUAUUGGAGACAAAUGAGAAAAAUUUGCACGCUGGAGCUGCUAACUGCGAAAAGAGUGCAGUCAUUUAGAUCAAUCAGGGAAGAAGAAAUAUCAAAACUCAUUAGAACCCUGUCUUCUGGUGCAGGAUCACCAAUCAACUUUAGCAGGAUGUUCAAUUCUUUGACCUACAGCGUCACCUCAAGAGCAGCCUUUGGUAAGAUAUGGAAGGGAGAAGAAAUCUUCAUACCAACAGUUAAGAAACUGAUACAAUUGGCUGGCGGUUUUAGUCUUGCUGAUAUCUACCCUUCCAUCAAAUUGCUUCAUGUGAUUAGUACGGUGAGGCCUAAAUUAGAGAGGCUUCAUCAAAUAGCAGAUAAGAUACUUGAAAGCAUCAUCUAUGAACAUAGAGCUAGAAAGGCAGCAGCAAAAUCUGGGGCUGAUUAUGAAGAAGAAGAUUUUGUAGACGUUCUUCUGAAUCUUCAGGAUCGUGCAGGCCUUGAAUUCCCUUUAACAAAUGACAACAUAAAAGGAGUCAUCCUGGACAUGUUCAUUGCUGGUAGUGAGACAUCAUCAACAACCAUAGAAUGGGCAAUGUCAGAGAUGCUAAAAAAUCCAAGAGUGAUGGAAAAGGCACAAGCUGAGGUGAGGCAGGUCUUUGGUGUAGAAGGAAACAUUGAUGAAGAACGACUUCAUGAACUGAACUACUUAAAGAUGGUAAUCAAUGAAACUCUAAGAUUACACCCUCCUAUUCCAUUGUUACUUCCAAGAGAAUGUAGGGAGAAUUGUGUGAUUAACGGUUACGGCAUUCCUGUCAAAUCUAAAGUUAUUGUGAACGCAUGGGCGAUUGGAAGGGAUCCCAAUUAUUGGAUUGAAGCUGAGAGAUUUUAUCCAGAAAGAUUUCUUAAUAGUUCAAUAGAUUAUAAGGGUACUAACUUUGAAUUUAUCCCAUUUGGUGCUGGAAGGAGGAUUUGUCCAGGAAUAUUGUUUGGCAUAGCUAAUGUUGAGCUUCCACUUGCACAGUUGCUGUACUAUUUUGAUUGGAAACUCCCUGCAGGGCUGACGCCAGAAAAUCUUGACAUGGUUGAAGUUUUUGGUGCUGUUGUGAAAAGGAAAAAUGAUCUCCACUUAAUCCCCAUUCCACACUUUCCGCCACCUGUCGAUUAAAAUAUAUAUAUAUAUAUAUAUUUAUAUAUGUUAGUUUGAUAUCAGCCAACUAGUAAAUUGAUUGUGAUAUGACAACUCAAUUUCUCCUUUCAGAGAAUCAAGUGCAUUGUAGCUGAUAAAAAUUUGCCGAGCUAUUCCGAUUCA